AGUACCAAAUUCUCAAAAAAUUUAAGAACAUACGAAAGUUUUUGAAAAUUUAUAAGAAUUUAACUAAAUAUUUUAAAAGGUCUAAAAUCAAAUUCUCUAUUUUAUAGUGAAUAUGCCAGUUACACCAUUUCCUCCAGCAAUACAAAUGUUGAUACAGAAUGCCAUCGAGCCAAUGCAAGUUGAUUUACAGCCAGAAGAUAACGAAAACAAUGAAGAAGAAACAUUUAUUGUUGAAAAUCCAACUAUCGAUUUAGAAAGCUAUGCCAAUUCUUUUACAGGUUUAGCUAAAUUAGAACGCCUUAUAUUUAUAGCUGAUGUUUGUCCUUCUCUACGUCUCGAAGCGCUUAAAAUGGCCAUUAGUUAUGUAUCAACAACGUAUAAUGUAAACUUAUACCAGUUAUUGCAUAAGAAAUUAGCCGAUAUAACAGCUGGAGCUCAACUUCCCGAUGUUGCAGCUCAGACAAGUCCACAAGAAUUACCGGCAUUUGACCCAAUUUGGGUUGAAACCAAAAGCAAAAAGGCUGCAUUGAAAUUAGAAAAAUUGGAUAGUGAUUUGAAAAACUAUAAGUCAAACUCUAUAAAGGAAAGUAUUCGUCGUGGUCACGAUGAUCUUGGUGACCAUUAUUUAAGUUGCGGUGAUUUAGCAAAUGCUUUGAAAUGCUAUUCAAGAGCAAGAGAUUAUUGUACAAGUGGAAAGCAUGUCGUAAACAUGUGUUUAAACGUAAUCAAAGUAUCAAUAUACUUACAAAAUUGGUCGCAUGUAUUAAGUUAUGUUUCAAAAGCAGUCAGCACACCAGAUUUUGCUGAAGGUGCUGUUCUUACCAAAUUAAAAUGUGCGGCUGGCCUUGCCGAAUUAGCAACAAAAAAAUAUAAGAUGGCUGCAAAACAAUUUUUGCAAGCUAAUUUUGACCAUUGUGACUUCCCAGAAAUGAUGUCUACAAGUAAUAUAGCAAAUUAUGGUGGUCUUUGUGCUUUGGCUACUUUUGAUCGUCAAGAGCUUCAAAAACAUGUAAUUUCAAGUAGUUCUUUCAAGCUAUUUUUAGAACUAGAGCCUCAAUUACGCGAUAUUAUUUUUAAAUUUUAUGAAUCAAAAUAUGCAUCAUGUUUGAAGUUACUUGAUGAAAUACGCGAUAAUCUUUUAUUAGAUAAAUAUAUAGCACCACAUGUUAACACAUUAUACACCAAAAUCAGAAAUCGAGCAUUGAUUCAAUACUUUAGUCCAUAUUUAUCCGCUGAUAUGAAUAAAAUGGCAACUGCUUUCAAUAGAACUGUUUCUGCAUUAGAGAAUGAAUUAAUGCAAUUGAUUCUAGAUGGGCAAAUACAAGCAAGAAUUGAUUCUCAUAAUAAAAUAUUAUAUGCAAAAGAUGUUGAUCAAAGAAGUACGACCUUUCGAAAAGCUAUAGAAAUUGGUAAGGAAUAUCAAAGAAGAACGAAAAUGCUUGUAUUAAGAACAGCUAUGCUUAAAAGCCAUAUUCAUGUUAAGAAUGUGCCUAGAGAAGGAGGCACACAUGCUACUGAAUUAUGUGUAGCUACUGGAUCUAAUAGCACUUCGGGGACGGCAAGAAACUGAUCUUGAUAUUUUUUAUAAAGAAGUUAAAUUAAUGUAAUAUAAAAAUUAAAACUGAUAUACACAAUAAAAUAUAGUAAUAACUUAAACAGAUCUUAAAUAAAAAUUAAUAAGUGCAUAAUUCACAAAACGCUAAUUUAAAAAUAUGUAUGCAUCUUAAAGG